AUGACGGGCAUUCCUGGUCUCGAUCGCCGUGCCAUGGAAGCAGAACGUCUCGCAAGAAUGGCAGCAAAACUUCCCACAAACCCCGAGACAGUUACCAAUACAACACAAGCAACAACAACAACCAAAAGACAGAGAUCCAUAUCUCCAUCCCCCACAUCCCGAACUGCCAAGAAAGUGAAAGAACAAUCAGAAGGGUCACCAUCACUCCAGUUUCCUCAUGGCACUGUCAAGAGAACAUGGGCAUUUGGUCAGUCUCGGAGCACCAACGACAUCAAGAUCGAAGAAGUGCUCGAAAAGUCUACCUUGCGAACAGCCCUACUCUCGGCAUUUCAAUGGGAUACAAACUGGAUCAUGGCAAAGCUCGACUUGCAACAGACCAAAGUCAUCAUGGUCAUGCAGGCGGAAAACGAUGCCAUAAAGCAGCAAUACCGUCAAGAGACUGAGUAUCUGGGUAAGAUUCUUCGACUCGUCUUCCCAUCCAUGGAAGGUAAUGUCAACUGCAUGCAUUCCAAGCUUAUGCUGUUGUUUCAUCCACACAAGUUGAGAGUAGUCGUCCCUUCGGCGAAUCUGGUCCCCUAUGAUUGGGGUGAAGGGGGUGUCAUGGAGAACUCUGUCUUUCUGAUUGACUUGCCUCGACUCGAACAGACUAAGGGCUGUGAUGACGAUAUCCUCAAAGGCGUUCUGAACUUCGACUUUAGCAACACGAAAGACCUUGCCUUUGUCCAUUCAGUUGGUGCUUCCGCUCACUAUGGCGAAGACAUGGAACGGACUGGCUACGUUGGUCUAAGCAAAGCAGUCCGCGAACUACACUCCUCACCUCAAUCCUCUCUUCCCUCUUUAUCUAACCUUCACGUCGACUACGCAGCCUCUUCCAUCGGCUCUCUGAACGAUGGCUUCCUCACAAUCAUGCACAAUGCCGCUCGAGGUGAAGACGCAACUGCCGUGCCCUUAACCACCACCGGACCUGCGCCCAAACCUUUUCAAGACACCAUCUCAACAACAAGGAUUCGGGAUCUCUUCCGAGUAUACUACCCUCUGCACGCCACCGUCACAAACAGCAAAUCCGGUAGCGCCGGAACCAUUUGUCUCAAGUCUGACUGGUGGAAGGGCCCUACCUUUCCGCGUCAAUGUUUCCGGGACUACCGCUCGAAACGCGCUGGCGUUCUUUCUCACAACAAGAUUCUGUAUGCCAGAGGCGUCAACGACAAGGGACAAAAGAUCGCGUGGCGGUACGUGGGAAGUGCCAACUUGAGCGAGAGUGCUUGGGGUAAGCUGAGCUGGGACCGCAAGAACAAGGAGUGGAAACUCGGAUGCAAAAACUGGGAAUGUGGUGUCAUCCUGCCUGUGCGCUUCUCGAGACCCUUGGAGGAUGAACAGAAUACUAAGCCGAAGAUGCCAGAGGUUGUGAUCCUCAGCGACGACGACGCAGAGACGGAGAGCGAGAAAGAAGACGCCUCGACCGAUAGUGAAGGCGAGACAACAAGCAAGAAGAAUGACAAGAAGGAGGACGAAAAGGAAAACAAGGUCCAAAGCCACAACUGGAAAACUCUCAUGACGAUGUCGAAGACGGGUGCAGCCAAGGUUGAAGUUCCUAACAUGACCGUCUUCGGAUCUGAAGACAUUCCAUUCGAGUAUCCGGGCGCCGAGUACAAUGGCAAAGAUCCAUGGUUCAUCAACUUCGGAUCAUGA